CUUUGCCAGCUCUGGGUUGUCGCCUACAACGACUCUGUGCAGCGAAGAGAGACGACACUGCGCGUCCGAGGUUUCGUUACAAACAUGUAAAAAGAAAACAGCGCGGGGGUGCAGCAGUGAGGAGGUCUUUGAAAGAUAAGCCCAGGACACUUUGGGGACUCUGGCACAAAAUAUGACGGUUUGACCUCUCGGCGGAGAUAUGGAAGGGACCAACGCGUACGGUCCCGUCGCCUCUGUGAGCCCAGCGGUGGCUGCUGCUUUGAGCGCUGCUGUGUGGCCAGCGGGGGAUUUGGCCGGCUUUGGAUAAUUGGCACACUCAGUGUGCCAGCAGAUUGAGUCGGGAGAUGGGGAAAGUGUGCUGAUCUCUAUCAGAAAGUAUUUCAGCUUUACAAAGCAUAAGUGGAUAUUUACGAACAACUUAAUUAUCUGAUCAAAAAUUUUUGAGGUUUUAUUUUAAUGCGCUGGAGGAAUGUGGAGUGCGUUUAUGAACGGCUCGGGGCUGCACGGUGGUGGCGGGGGCUACGUUCCGUCACAGGGUUGGGAGUUUGUGCCGUGCUCCAGGAUGGACAGGGCAGACAGAGGCAAGGGCAAAAGCCGCAGCCCCCUGAGGAGGAUCUCCUCUCCGCCCACUGUCUUCAGCCAGCUCUACGAGCCCCAGUUCGGUGUUCCACCAAGUGGGGGAGAAGGUGGAUCAGGGACGCAGAUUGAGCUCCUCAGGGGACAAAUGUGGCCGGGUCCUGAGCCCCAGCAGCAGCAGCAGCAGACACAACACAUGCGGCUUAAAAAGAAAUUUGAGGAUUUGAAAAAGCGACAUGUACAGGACAAGGAAGGAUGGAUACGUGAGAAGGAGUCAUUGUUGAGAGAAGUGGCUGACAUACAAGGAGGGGAGAACCGGAGGAUUCUGCUGGACCUGAAGACAGUUUUGGAGGAAGUGCAGUUGGAGGUGAAGAGAGAGGAGGAAAAGAGGAGCGAGCUCCAGCUGCAGUACACCAGAGACAGAUGUGCCUGGGAGCUGGAGAAGGCUGAGCUCAAGUGCAGGAUAGCACAGUUGGAGGCUAGGGAGGGUGCUGGGUUGAUCAGUGGAGGAGCCCAGUCAGCAGCAGGUCUCAGCUCUGUGGCGUCACGGAGUGCUCGAGAACAGUACGGCGAGACCUCGACGCUCCGCCGGGAGAGGGAAGAGCAGCGGAGGCUCCUGGCAGAUACACAUUCGGCGGCCAUGGACCUGCGCUGCCGCCUGGAGCACAGUGAAAGGGACUGGUCAAGGGAGAAAGCUGAGCUGCUGGAGCGGUUUGACAUGGAGAGGAGGGAGUGGGAGAGCCAGCUGAAGGAUAUGCAGAAGAAGAUAGAAGAGCUGUACUGUGAAGUGAGGGCCAAGCGAGAAGGGACCGGACUGGACAGCAGGAGACAGGAUAAUGAUGAUGUUGUAAAUAGGCUCAGCAUACGCUCAACCAGCACUGGCUCCAGUCUGCUCAGUGACAACUGUCGCUCCGAGCCACUCAGCAGCAGCAGUCAGACAGAGGCAAUCAGGCAUUCGCCUUUGCUUGGUUUUGGUCGCAGCAGAAACAAUGGUUGUGUCACUGCAGAUGGUCACCACUCAACCUGCUUCCAAGCAGACGGCCUCUGUGAAUAUAAUAAUGCUGGUGGCAAAGUCACUCAGACUGACCUUUCACAACUUGAGAUGGUGGAUGAGUUGAGACCCAGAAGCACUUGGCUGCAACACACGGCCACUGAUAGCAAGGAAGCUGUGGAGACAACAGAACUGGAUGAUGUUUGUCAUGGAGCUCCUGGUUAUCCGGUCCCACUGACAAAUAUUUCCAAAGACUGUGAAAAAAGUGUCCAUGCUAGUCCUCGAGAAAGUCCUCUUUGGUCAGAGCAGAGUUAUGGCUGCGACAAGAAGAAGAACACCACUGCUCUCAAUGCUGCUCUGAAGGAGAUAGCCCGUGUAAGCGAGGAGCUUUGUAGCUACCAGGAUGAGAUCAGAAAGAAGAGUGGAGAUAGGAGGAAUCGAUCUGAAUCACUUAGCCUAUGUGGGGAGAGUAAGAUGUUGUUCAGCCAUGAUGAAACCCAAGUGGAGGUGGAUGAAACUCCCUGUGACUUUAGUCAGAUUUACGAUGACCUUCGGGCCUUGGAGAGGGAAAACUGGAUCACCUUAUCACCAGAAAACACCUGGCGGGCCAACAAAGGGCAGAGCAAAUCCUGGGGAGCAAACAUGACUGAACCAGACCGAGAAACCCCAACAAGCUCUGGAACACUCUCUGAAACUGAUACAGCAGCUCCACCAAUCCCUCCUCGCAUCUCUUCCUGGAAUCUGAGUACUCAUCCAGACACAGAACUCCACAUCCCAGAAUCCCCCAUUACGACAAUGAGGAAGUGCCAUAGCCCUUGUAUUCUGGUGGACAGAACGUGUAACAGCCCAUCUAUAGUCAGGAAGUUUGGGGCCAUGCUACAAGAAAAUGAAGGAAAAGUUUUAAUAGAUGGUGUGGUUACUUCGUGCUCUGUGCCUGCUAAUGCUAAAUGUAAUAUCAGCUGCUGCCACAACCGCUGGUCUUGUGAUACAAGCAAGUUCACUAAUAAUAAGUCGUCUACACACGGAACUGUCCAGAAAAGCUUCUCUGAAGUCAACAUAUUGACUGCUGGAAGAAACCUCUCAGAUCACAGCAGUGGUGUUGGGGACUUAAAAGACAUACAAAUGCCUCCAACUGUCAAAGAAUUACCUGUAGAUUUGCUUUUGUCCUCUCUUGAAACAUCACCUGCCAGCUGCAAGCUUCAGGGCUCCAGAAGAAACAUAAUGCUGGAACAAAAAACAGCUGAGUUCAACAGAACUUUGUUUCAGGCUGAGAUGGGUCGUGGUGUAGAGCAACAAGACAGUUUUCCAGUAACAGAUGCCUGCUCUGUUGGUUGCCAGCCAGUUUUUACAGCAAUUUCUGCAUCAGAUGAGGUUUUACCUCCAAGAGAGACAACAUUUCUGUCACAUUGUACUGAUGUCACCACCUGCAUCAUGAGUGUGCAUCCUGAAGUCACAUUGUCUGUCUCCACCUCGGAUUCCACAAUUCAUGAGGUCCAUGCAAGGCAAAUGAGAUGUGGUCCUGAUGGUCAAGAGGUCAGGAUGAGCCUGUCAUGUGAACAGCCACAGAGUGGACUGAGGGAGUCAACCACCAUAACCUCUUGGAGUCCUGUACAAUCUGAGGUCAAGCACAAAGUUCGAACAGCAAGCAGUCCUUCCAGGAAAACACAACACAGAGCGGCUACAGAGGCUCUCUAUUCUGAGCCUGUCUUGCCUGUAAAUACCCACGUAGGUCAGAAUGUGGAUAGUUCUAGCUCCAAGAAUGAGAAUCCCAGUGGAGCAAAGCCUCACCAAGCCAAAGUUGGUGUUUCACUCCAACAGUCGUCUGCUGAGAACAAACAAAGACAGAUGACACAGUCAGGGCACCAGGGACAGCCCAGACAUGUGUCUGUUUCUCCUUCCCAUUCUGACUCCUCCAGACAUGGGCCCCGAAUGAUGAAUGAUCAUCCCUGGAAGCCCCUCACUCUGGCUGCGUACCCACGGCCCGAGGGAUCCAGGUCCAACUAUGGGGCAGUGGAAAGGAUUCUGAAGAAUUAUGAAAAUGCAGCCCGGGCCCAACAGAACCAGAGUCAACAGGACAAAGUGUCCUCAAGUCCUAAUGUCAGUGUCAGGCAGGAGGAGACAGUCACAGAACUGAACAUGCUGGAUGUGGAUUCUCUGCCCUUACUUCCCACUUUCACACAGACAGAGCUCAACAGCCAAAGUUCCAUGAGUGUGAAAGAGAUACAUCGAACAGUGCAGGAAAACGAAGAGUCUGUCCAGAAGAACUUCUCAAGGCCCGCCCGUCCAGCCAACCGACGCCUCCCCUCCCGGUGGGCUAGCCGCUCCCCCACUUCCUCCUCGUCCACCUCCUCCUCUCCCUCUACCACCCCUGUUGUACCUACAUCUUUCCCCCUCCAGAAACACACUUCCUCUUUUACCUACUCUCAUGCCUUUCACAUCGAGACUGUCAUCAUUUGAGCUGAACCAACAAGAAGCCUUUAGUGAUCUGGACACUGAGCAGUUCCUUUUUAUUACAGUUGUACAUUCAUAAAUGCCAAACCCCAACAACUUCUCAAUUCCUACAGACUCAGAAGUGCUUUAGUUGUGAGUUCACCUACUCACCUUUAGAAUGUAUGUGGCAUCCAGUGGAGCCUAACUGACCAAGGAAGGCAAGAAAAGGAUCUGAAUCAGCUCACUUAUCCAACAGUAUGCUCCGAAAAACCUACCAGACAUCAUGAUUAGCCUCAGAGGGCAGUGAGGACAUCACUUUCCAGAAUCCAAUGCGUCAUUCGUUCAUGCCAAUGGAUAUCCUAUGCUCAGGUCUGGAUUCUAGCCUUGACUAGUGUAGCCUUGCAUAUCUGCUAACAACUCACACUUCACUGUUCCCUCUGUUCAGUAUACUCUAUUUUCACCGUAAAAGUAAUCAUUGUGCAUAUUCAAAUAAUCUAAAAACUUCCAGUCAGUUGAUAUCAGAAAUAUGUAUUCAUUAUGUACUGUAUUUUGUAUUUUGUGUGCUAUUUGCACAAAAUAUGAUGUUACAAACACAAUAUGCAGCAUAAUUUGCGAUUCUGGUGGAUCAGAGAUUCCCACCAGAGUUGCUCUCAACAUGCUGAAUAAAGAGGUGUUGAUUUUCUGCCUUCUUGAAUAUUAACUACAGUACAUGCCUGGACUGUACCUUGCCUGUGACUAAAACAUUUUGUGUUAUGACUGGCUUUACAUUCUUCAUGUGCAAAAAUGUGAAUGUGAGUUCCUUUUUCCUAACUUUGUACCAAAGGCUGGUUUCUUUAUAUGAAUUCUUUCUUCAUUUGAAAAUUGAAUGCAUUGUUUGUAAUGACAUUUAUUUUCACCAUCCACCCCAUUGCUCAUGUUUUCCAGUCAAAAUAUAUGUUUAACGUCAUUAAUGAGAGCUUUGCACAACAUGAUGAUGCUUAUGAAAACAAAAAUUAGAAGCCGUUUUUCUACCUUUACCAAUUCCCAAUGGUCACAUAUCAGGACAUUAAGCCUUUUUUUGAGUCAAAGUGAUGGAUCAUAUGAUGAACGUGAUGCCUUUGCUGUUCUUUUUGUGUAAUAAACAGAAACACUGAU